AUGGCGGACGAUAUCUCACGACCAAUUGACCGGAUAGAACUGGAGGCCGACAAGGAACGGGUCGAGAAUGUCGAGCACGUUGCCUCACCAAAGGGUGCCUUUCCCCAGAUGGACCCGGCACGCCGUGUGGUCGUCGAGAAGAAGCUGAAGCGGAAGCUGGAUGCCCGCUGCAGUCUGUUCGUGUUCAUCUACAUCAUGAACUACCUCGACCGCAACAACAUGGCCGCUGCCCGUCUCAAGGGUCUGCAGGAGGAUCUGUCCCUCUCCAACACGGAAUACUCUACCUGUCUGAGUAUCUUGUAUGUCGGCUACAUCAUCAUGCAAGUGCCUUCCAACAUGUUCAUCAACCGCAUCUCGCGGCCCUCCAUCUACAUCGCCAUUGCCAUGCUGCUGUGGGGUGUCAUCUCCACCUUGUCCGGCAACACCAAGAACUUCGGCCACAUGGUUGCCGUCCGAUUCCUGCUGGGUUUCGUCGAGGCCGCUUUCCUCCCCGGUGCCCUCCUCAUUCUCUCCAAGUGGUACACUCGCCGCGAGCUGACCACCCGCAAUGCCAUCUUGUUCUGCGGAAACUUGAUCUCCAAUGCCUUCUCCGCUCUCGUCGGUGCCGGUGUGCUCUCCAACAUGCAAGGAACCCUCGGUCACGCCGCCUGGCGCUGGCUGUUCUGGAUUGAGGGCUCUGUGACGAUGUUCCUCGCCAUUCUGGCUGGCUUCAUCCUGCCUGAUCUUCCUCACAACGCCCGUGGUUUCACCGAGGAAGAGCGCCAGGUCGCUCAGCUGCGCAUGCUGGAGGAUGUCGGUGAGGCGGAUACCGACGGUGAUGAGCUGACUGCAUUUGGUGGUCUGAUGAUGGCUCUCAAGGAUGUCAAGAUCUACGUCAUGAUGUUCACUUUUGUUGCCUACGUUGUGGGAUUGUCCUUCAACGCUUUCUUCCCCACUCUCACCGGUACCCUUGGCUUCGGCUACGUCCCCACUCUGCUCAUGAGCGCUCCCCCAUGGGUGUUCUCCUGUAUUGUGUCCGUGAUCAACGCAUGGCACGCCGACAAGACGCAAGAAAAGGUCUGGCACAUCUUCGGUCCCAUCAUCAUGGGUGCCAUCGGUUUCAUCAUCUGCAUGGCCACCAGCAACGUGGCUGCUCGCUACGUCGCUCUGUUCCUGCAGGCUGGUUCCUACGCAGGCUUCAUCGUCUUCUACUCCUGGAUCAGUUCCUCUUUCCCCCGUCCCCCAGCCAAGCGUGCCGUUGCCAUCGCCAUGAUCAACGCAUUCAGUCAGCUGGGUAACGUUGCCGGUUCCUAUGUCUGGGAUCUCGACGACAAUGGAUACCGCUCCAGCUACGGUAUCGUCCUGGCCAUGUUCGGUGUCACUGUCGUUGGCUGCUGGUACUUCCGCUCCAUGCUGAUGGGCUUGAACAAGAAGCUCGAGGAGACUGAGGCUGCUGAUGUUACUGGUGAGCAUUCGAAUGAGAACGAUAUCAUCGAUAGCCCCGAUGAGUCGUUGCGUAUGCGCAAGGGUUUCAGAUAUCUUGUUUAG